AUGGGCGUGUCAGGUUCUCACUCUUCUCUCUCUCUCGCUCUGCCUCUCUCUCUCGCUCUGCCUCUCUCUCUCGCUCUGCCUCUCUCUGUAGGCAAGGCAUUUGUUCCCAAGCAGCGGCCCAUCGAGUCUCGUCAGGAAGAGGUGACGACCCUUGACCCGGAACUAGAAGAGGCCCUGUCCAGCGCUACCGACACUGAGCUCUGUGACCUGGCAGCUAUCCUUGGUGUCCAUACCCUGGUGACCAGCACACAGAGCUACGAUGGAACCAGCAGUAAAGACGGAGGAUACAACAACGUGGUUAAGGGAGAGCAGAUGAACCCAGUGUUUGAUGAGCCUCCGAACCCCACUAACGUAGACGACACCCUGCAGAGGAUAAAAAGUAACGAUGCCACACUCACUGAGGUUAACCUCAACAACAUCAAGAACAUUCCCAUUCCCACGCUGAAGGAGUUUGCCAAGGCCAUGGAGAGGAACACACACGUCAAGAAGUUCAGCCUCGCCGCCACGCGGAGCAACGACCCCGUCGCUGUGGCGAUGAGUGAGAUGCUGAAGGAAAACAAGUCGUUGCGGAGCCUCAACCUGGAGUCUAACUUCAUCACCAGCGCUGGUGCUGCCGCCCUAGUGGACGCUCUCAGAGACAAUGACACACUGACUGAGAUCAAGAUAGACAACCAGAGACAGCAGCUGGGGACUUCAGUGGAGAUGGAGAUGGCUAAGAUGUUGGAGGACAACAACAGCAUAGUGAAGUUUGGCUACCACUUCUGUCAGCAGGGCCCACGUGCCAGAGCUUCUACUGCUAUCACCAAGAACAAUGACCUGA